CGAAACCAGUCCCAAACGUUCCCUCCAAAACCGGCGAUGGACAAGCGGAGGUUGCCCGCCGGUGCGGCUGCGGCCAAGAAGAAGCCCAAGCCAUCGCGCGAGGCUGCGCGGCCGAUCACGGCCUUCUUCCAGCGCGUUGCACCUCCGCUGCCACCGCCCACGGUGAUCGAAGACAUUGAUAGCGAUUCGUCCAUGGAGCUGACGCCAACCGAGCCUGUACCCGGCGUGCUCCCGCUCCUAGAAGUAGGCACGCUGCCUCUCCAAGAAGUAGGUGCUGUGGAAGGGACGGACGAAGUGCAUCCACGAUUGAUCCAGAGCAGGCUUGCCGACGGAUUUGAGAAGCAAGCAGAAGGGCCUCGCAAGCCCCGGGUCCGGCGGCCACCAAGCGCCUUCCAAAUGCUUGUACAGCGCGAGCGCCAAGGUGCCAUGAAGCGCGUGGAGCUGCAGCGCUUGCUUCGGAGCACGCUGGCGACGUACGCGACUCUGCCGAUGGGGCUGCGGCCCGACAUCCGCCCGCAGCAGUGGAUCAGCACCAUGGCCUUUGACGCCGACGGCGUCAUCCUCGCCACCGGGUCGUCCGACGGCACGAUUGCACUCUACGACUUUGACGAAUACUUUUACCAUUUGCUGCAGCACCGCAACGCGAGCGCCAAGACGCAGCGCGACGUCGCGUCCGUCACGGACGGUGCGCCAGCGUACGUACCACCCGUCCACGUCAUCUCUACGUCGUUUGAGCUCAAGCGUCUCCGAUGGAACCCGAAAAACCAGGACGAGAUUGCUUGCUCGUUUGCCUCGCGCAACGAGAUUCAUCUCUUCAACCUCAAGAAGCUGCCGCGACAGCCAUACCGCAUUCUGCGCACCAACAGCCGUCCGUCGUCGGGCUACUACGACCUCCUCUACACCGUCCUCGGCAAUCAGGUCCAUGUCAUUGGUGGUGACAACGAAGGCGCGGUGCGCAUGUGGGACAUCAACAUCCCGGCCAAACCCAAGUGGCAGAUCGCGCUGCCGCGCGAGUACGGCGCCGUCAACGCGCUUGUGCUCUGCGAAGACAAUCAGCACUUGGUCGUGGGCACCGAGCACGGCUACCUCACCGUCUAUGACAUCUUCAACUUGAUCACGCCCGCGUUUGCGCAGCGGUCGGUGCCCAAGCGGCGGUCGGUCAUCGCGCUGCAUGUUCUCGUGCGAGCGCUGCUCGUGCAAGACUCGCUCCUGUCGGCGAACGCGCUGGGUGUGGUUUCGAUGCAGCGCGUGCCCCACACGUCGGCGACGGUCGUUUGUCAGCUGCACAACGACUGGGUUGUUGUCCUCGACGCACUCGAGGGCCGGAUUCUCAAGCUACAUACUGUCCUCCGCGAGCUAAGUUUGAACCCGAUCCCGCGCGACCCCACCGUGCAGCACGCGUCGUUUUCAUCGGACGCGCUUUUGACGGCCGAGAAUCGAUCCCUGGGCCACUUGCGCUUGCACCGGUGCAGCGGCAGCUUUGUCUUUGACGGUGCGGCGUUCGUGACAGGCCUCGCGGACGACGACAACCUCUACGUUCUCGACAUGCACACGCACAGCUAUGGCGAGCGGCUCCUGACACUGCCCAGUGUCCCCACCCUGCAGCGCUUCCGGAUCCCGACCAAGGUCGUCGUGACUGCCGUGGCCGCGCACCCGGCCUCGAACGUCGUCGUCUGCGGCAUGGAAUCCAAUGACCUCAUCGUUGUCGGGGCGUCGUAACUCUCUUCUGAAGUGUUUGACUCGUGUGAAUGGUUUGCC